AUGAGUCCGGAUCGUCAUUACAUGAGUCAGCUCGUCCUAACAUAUAGGAUCGGUGGUGAGAAUACCCAGCAUUCACAUACAAAUCUAGAAGAUGGGAUAGUAAGAGAACCUUUCUUUUGUAAUCCAGAUAUACCGUCUACUUCAAAAGUACCAAAUGAAAUGAGCCUUCCAAAUAUUUCAAAAUUUCUUACUCGACAAUCGUUGCCAAAGGAAUUACCAUUCUUUGAUGGUAACCCUAUGGAUUUUAUAAAUCAAUAUCGAAAUUCAAACGGCCUUUGUGGUUAUUCGAAUGAGGAAAUCAGUUUAGAUUACAGAAAUGUCUGA